GGCAAUAGAAAAAAUAGAAGCUGUCAGCUGAAAAUGCAUACGGACUUAGCUUCCCAUUUGCACACGCCGGCCUGCAAUAAACUUAUCGAAGAGCUGCAAGCUUGCCACGACAACAACGCUUUCGGCAGAUUCAUUGGGAUCUGCAACUCCAUCGACGACAAGGUGGUGAAGUGCUUGAAGGGCGAACGCAUCGCUCGCUCUGCCGCCAACCGAGCCAAGGCGCGCGAGAAUCAAGCAAAAUACAAGGAGAAACUUCUGCACGGGGAGACCGAAUAGCAGAAUGGCUGCCACCGC